UCCCAUCACUCGCAUACCCGGAGUCAUAUGGAACUCCCGACAUCGUCUAUCCGAGGGUUCCACGAAGCAAUAAGUCGACCUUGGUCCCCGGCAGGACGCCCUACUGACCUUUCUCUCUCGCCUCCUGGACAGUUGUCCAACCCCUUCAUGUUGCAACACUCGGUCCCUCCUGUGCCGCAUUCGGGCGAGCCCUCUGGGCAGCACGGCAAUCUGUCGUCGUUGCCGAGCCAUGAGUGGGGAAACAUGUUUUCUUCCCCGCUCGACCCCUCGACCUUCGCCGCUCUCGCUGCGUCUGGGAUUCUAGUCCCCCCUUCGGCGGGAGUGCCAUCCAGCAUGUCCACUCGAUCUGCCCGUUCCUCACACGAUUUCACCGCAAGCCAUCGUGUUCCUCCACUUAAUACCAAAGACAUCGGUCGCCCUGGCCUCAAUCAAGGCUAUUCUGGGCCUUGGUCUAAUGCGCCAUCACCGUACUCGUCUACUCCCUCGUCGCAGCGAGCGUCUCCGUUACACUUCAGACCUGGCUCUGUCACCAACCCAUAUGAUAAUCGCAAGUCUCCUGUGAGCGCUUUGCCACAGUAUGGUCCGAUGAACGUUCGAUCCUCUGGUUCUGGCGUGAACACGAGCACUCCGUAUGACAGCCAUCGCCUUUCCGGCAGUAACGAUUAUUCUCACAGCAGACGCAGCUCCAUGAGCCGGCAGAUGGCUAGUCUGCCAGGAUCGAGUGAUCAUUACGACGUGUCGUUCGCUUCUAUGCGAGACAGCAACUUGGAUAGCUUCUCUCCUCCAUUUCCCCCUCAGCGGACACCCAUUGAGUUUGGCCCACAACUGCCACCCCACAACGAGCGCCAAAGUCUGACACUUCCACCAUCGCUAUGGAUGUCGCCGGCGUCAGGGCCGUCCCCUCCCAUGAACAUUGGGGCUCUUCCAUAUCCGCAGCUCACGCAGAUUACCGUCCCGCGCAGUGGGUCUCUCUCAGACUCGUUGGGCGGGUCGACCCAGAGCCCUUCGACUCUCUCAAUGUACGGUGAAUCCGGCAAAUCCACCGCGCCUACGUCGGCAGGCAGUCCCAAAGCACGUAUGCUUUCUGAACUGUUCACGGACGAUCUCUUCCCCUCCAACUCCCCUAUCGUGGACAAUCAAGGCUGCCAGAGUGUGCUGUCUCCACGUCUGUCCGGGUCUCCUGAUCUGAAGGCAAUCGAGCUGGCUGCUGGCGAUACUGAUCCCGAGAAGUUGGCGAAGGAAGAUCCGCUGGCGACGCAGGUCUGGAGGAUGUACGCCCGAACAAAAGCCACUCUGCCCCAUGCGCAGCGGAUGGAGAACAUCACUUGGCGCAUGAUGUCGCUCGCUCUCAAGAAGAAGAAGGAAGACGAGGCGAAUUGGGAGCUGCAGGGCGUUGAUGAGGAGAAUACCGAUAGCAAGGCUUCUGUCGUUAUACAACAGCCUAGUGCGACCUCAGAGCCGGUCAAGAAGGAGGAAGAACGGGGCAGGACGAUUGAUAAGGGGAAGGCGAAGGUUCGAGUGGUCGGUUUUGAUGGUGCUAAUCAAGAUGGCGUCGAGGACACCGACGAGGUGCCUAUGGAUUGGCGGGCCAUCAGCAGGUCUCGAUCUCGAGUGCCGAUGGACUGGCGUCCGGCAAGUCGAUCGCGCUCAAGGCCCCCAAUGGCUGGCAUCGUGGGCGAGCACAACAUCGUGAGGUUCCCUUCGUCGUCGCCUUCCAAAGGCCUAUCCUCAUCGCCCGUCGUCUCAAUACCUGGUGGGUCAACUCAGCACUCGGGCCGUCGCAGUCCUCGUCUCGGCCUAGCUGCCGUUCUCGAAUCCGGCGAACCUCGCGGCCCGCUGAGCCAUCUCGAGUCGUUCUCUGCCCUCAACAGCCCAUCUGCUCAUCCAUCCUCGUUACCAUCGUUUGGACUGCACGGCCUUUCCAGGAUAUCGACGUCGACGGCUCCUCCUCCCGAGCAGCGCACCUUUCCGAAACACGUUCGCAAGACGAGUUUCGAUCAUACCAUAGCCAAGGAGGGUAUAUUCACUGGGGUGAGUGGUCGACACCAGGUCAACGGCAAACCCUUGUCCCCUGAGAGUAUUCUUGGUACGAAGCGUCGCGCGGAGGCCCCGCAUGCUGAAAGUAUGCUGCGUGGAGAUCAUGGAGGCGUAUCAGACCCAGAACACAUUGAGCAGCCUGAAUCAGCGCAAUUCCGACGCAGCAGUCCUUUCCCCAGCUCUUCUUUCAACUUUACCUUCUCCUCGCCAACGUACGAUCCAUUCUUUGAUCUUCCGGGAACACAGAACAGCCUGUCUACGUCCGGUCUCCCUUCUUCACUACCGCCCUUGCCUCCUUUCAAGGACAUCGCACCUCCUGAUGUUGGGUUCAGCGAGUCCCUGCGUUCGUCGUUAAGUGGGAAUUUCUCGCCUGUUAUGGGCAAUGAGGGGUUGUCUGCCGCGGCUGUAGCUGCGUCUGCUGCAGUAGCGGAAGGCUAUGCUCAGUUGAACGUGGCAGGUCUUGGCAUAGAGGAGCCGCAUCUGGAUUAUAACCAUCUUGCUGGCAUGAUGUAUCCCGGUCUUGAUGCUCCGACGCCGUUGGGUCCUUUCACUCACGUCGAUCCGCACCAAAUCCUUCCGGUCGAUCACCAGGACAAUGCAUUCCAGAGCUUCCAUCCUAGCCCGUCGAGCGACGGCUGGGGCAAUGGGUUGAAUUCUAGCUCGAACGCGUCGCCCGAGCCGUAUAACACCUCGACGUCCUCGACGCCGCCGUCGAAUGACAACAACACCGCGGUUGCACGCAAUCCGUCACGUAAGAUCGCAUCAUCGAAACGUGUAUCAGAGUCUCGCGCUGGAUCGUCUAAGAAGAACUCCGACGGCUCAGGUCGUGGAGGAAACGGCGACGAUGACCAGAAUCCUACGGUCUGCACUAACUGUCAGACUACUAAUACGCCGCUCUGGAGGAGGGAUCCCGAGGGCCAGCCUCUCUGUAAUGCUUGUGGCUUGUUUUAUAAACUACACGGUGUUGUCCGGCCGCUGUCGCUGAAGACUGACGUGAUUAAGAAACGCAAUCGCGCGUCCGGCGCGCCCCAUAGUGCAGCGCGAAAGUCAGCCGCAGCCUUGCCCAAGAUAUCCUCUUCCACGAGCCGUCCUCGCGCCGCCACAACGAGCUCGAUGCCGACAGGCCUUCACAAUGCUCGGCUUUCGCCCACCAACCGAAUGGGGAUGGGUGCAGCAGCGAACUUGUCAAUGAAACGUCAGCGACGGACUUCCGCCGGCGUGUCUAUGCAGUCGUCUUCCAGCCGCAAGGCGGGUGAUGACAGCGUUGGAGCAUAAUUACUGUACACUGAAUACUACACCGAGAGUCGUUAUGGUAUUUAUACCGUCUAUGCUGAUGAUGUGCCUUUUAUGCUUGUAUUACGUAGACCUUGUAGCGGUUUGCUCGAGUUCUGAUUCCCUGAUUCCCCCGCACAUGUCACCAUGCCUACUGCUUUUCUCGAGGGUAUGCUUGUACGACCACGUCAAGUAGAGUUUCCUAUAGAUAGUUGUGUUUUAACAGCUCUUUCCUUUCUCUCUGCCCUCACUUUCCUUUGCGCCAUCUCGCGAACGUGUAUACUAAUGCUAGUUCCCGCUCGACAAAAGAUGAAUGUGGGGUUUACUGGAUGCCAGGAGAGAUGCCGCGCGUUGUCCAGGUUCAGGGAGUCAGGUAUUUUCUUGACCUCGCAUAUGUAUUCGCAUACAUCGAAGUAUCACG